CUUUUAUCACCAAUAUCUUAACCCGAUUCAUUUAUGAAAGGUUUUCAAGGUUCGGUCAGAUGUAAUACAGUGCCGCCGCAAGCUUAAACAACCAGAUCUGCAGAAUCAGUCUUCUUUCCCAGAUUUCUCCUCCUUCUUUCAUCAUUUUUCUUUCAUUUCUUCUCAUUCUUCUUUCAUUUCGACCUCAGAUCCAGCUGUUCUGACUUUUGAUAUUACGAUUUUGACCCUGAAAAGUGGUUUUAAGUAAAAAUCGGCCGCCUUGACCCGCUUUUGGUCCGCCCCGCUCCACCGGAUAACGGCCGCGAAACCCGGUUUUGUUCCGCUUUUGCCUAACGCGCGACUCGGUCGCGUUCUGACGCGCUAGGCUGUUUUCAGCCGCUCCGCGCCGCGAUUGCGCCGCGUUAGCCCGCUAUUGACAACAGAGUCCCUCUCCCCUUCAAUUUUUGAAUCUUCCCCCGUCUGAUGUGCUGGUUUGAUUUCUGAUUUUAGGGUUUUUAUUUUGAGACCGGUUUUCUUCCCCUUUUUGCAGUAGCUUCAGCUCUCUACACUCACUUCAUACUUCAACCAACAAUAUACUUUGUUACCUCAAACAGUGCCAAUGUAUUCACGUGGUCGCGAUUUUUUGUUCUGUCACUUGUGUGGGACAAUGCUCACAGUUCCCUCAACUGAUUAUGCACUGUGCCCCUUGUGCAAAACCAAGUGUAACAUAAAAGAUAUUAAAGGAAAGGAAAUAAGUUACACAAUUUCUGCUGAGGAUAUCAGAAGAGAACUUGGAAUUGAUUUAAUUGAAGAACAGAAGGUGCAAUUGUCUAAGGUCAACAAAACAUGUGAAAAAUGUGGUCAUGGCGAAGCUGCCUUUUAUACCAGACAGAUGAGAUCGGCGGAUGAAGGGCAAACUACUUUCUACACAUGCACCCGGUGUGGUCAUCAGUUUCAGGAGAAUUAAGUUUGAACCGUGUAUGAACAGAUUGUCUACACUCUUUACUUUCUUUUUUGUCCCCUUGGCUGAAAUAUGCUCCCAUUUUCUACAUUAAUUUGGAGAGAGCUUUGUCUGUGCAAGUAGAAGUUUUGAUCCUAUGUAGCUUGUGCAAUGCCUGAAAAUUUAUACUGAAAUCAAACAUAGAAAAGUUGUUAUUUUGGUGUUAAAUAUUAAGUACCUUGUGGCAGUUGGCUCUUUGUUAGUGUGCUAAUUUAUCUACAACUCUGCGUGUUGAUGACUUGAUGUUACUAAUACUACUUGGUACUUGGUCCCUUUUUUUGGUGAAUAGUACUUGGUUCCUUUAAUCA